CUCAUUUCUUGUCUCCUUCAAUCUCUCAUUUAGUCGCUUAAAUUCACUGGUCUUCACCAUGGUCGCCACUCGUUUCUUGAUACUCUCUAUGGCCACUGCUGUUGCUGUAGCUGGGCCUUGCAAACCCCAAAGUUCUUCAGUCGUUUUCUCUGAAACAACUCUUUCCACCUCGCUCCUUGAGACUACUUCCACCGCAGUACCCAGCGAGACCUCGACGUCCGAGCCAACAAGCACUACUAUCAUUGAAUCAUCGGUAACCUCUGCCGCCGAAACUAUAACAACCACUGCCGUGACAACCUUCAGCUCGGCAGAGACCACCACUGAGGCAGCCUCCACGACCUCAGAGGCUGCGGCACCUCCGCAGGAUAUUACUUGCCUUGCAUCAGACGGCCAGUGCUUUGGUGCCCUCAAGAUCGAAUGCGGUUACAUCAUCACAGGAGGCUUCGGUGCGCCUUUCCUGUCGACUCUGAACGAAUGUGUUGGUGCGUGUAAUGGCGACUCGGGUUGCGCUGGCUUUUCUCAUAAUGGUGUCAAUUGCUACUUGGUCUCAACCUAUGACUAUGCUACUGCGCCGGCGAUUGGCUGGGUGGCUGUUAUAGCUAUAGCUUUGCAUUCAUCUCCUGGUAGCUCUUUACUUUUGAUGUAUGGUACGUUCUAUUUUUACCUCCAAGUAUGUGCAAGUAUCGCGCACCUCGAUAUUGCCCCAUUGCGACCCGACUGUCUCUGGAAGAAGAUGCCCUGUAGAAAGGCCAAUUACGUGACUUGCCAUCUCGAUAGUGAGCACCUACCCACGAUGACUGGAAUUCCCAUCUGCUUGAACACUUUACAGUCAGGAUACGAAUACCUCUUUAAGGUUCCUGACCUACAAGGAGAUAUGUGGGUGAAUCCCACUGUAGUGCCUUGCUCGUCUCUCUUAGCGAUGGGUGACUCGCUCGAACGCCCAAUGCAUAACGGAAUUGUUCUUCGGGUGAAAAUGACCACAGCAACUAAGAACUUAGAUCAAGUCAUACAUCCUACCUUUUACAGGCUAGGCCCCUGGAUUAUAGAGGCUUCUGAGUCUUCAUUGUAUGUUGAUCAUGAGGACACGCGGGCUACAGAAACAAGUGUAGAGCUUGCGACCAAGGGCGCGGCUGACUCAACGCCAAUUCUGACUGAGGUAAAGAAUAUCUACACUGGUCUAGUGAUGUUGGAGAGAGAAUGCACCGAGAUCAAGAAAGGAGAGUUCUCGAGUCACGAGAGCAACCCAGAUCUCAGUUCCAAGCAAUGGAAUGCCCUCAUGGCUAGUCAUAGCACGCUCUUACAUGAGCAUCAAAGCAUCUCUGGCUGCUCCUCUUCGCUUUGCCCAGAACUACGCCACUUCAGAAAGCUUGCCAUUGAUCAUUCUCUCCAUUCCCGCACCUUACGCCGGUUCAGUGAUCGUCUGCUUCCACUCUUACGAAGGGAGCAAGACUUGGAAUCUGCAUCCCAAUGGUUACAGAUCAUGAAAUUAUCUUCUUUGCUCGUCGACAUACUCAACAAGGGUGAAAGUCUCUCUGAUUUGGAAGAAGUGCCUCUUCUAGACAUGAUCAGUCAGAUCGAGGCUAUUCUGGAGAGAUUGAAGUUGUGGUUCAGACAGAAAUACGAGGAGCUAAGCGCAAAGAAAGAUGCGACUGGAGAACAGAACACCGCAGAGCCAAUAUUCGAAUUUCCUAACAAUAUACGGCAUCUAUGUACAACGAUGCCGUGGACCAUAAUGCCUGUGUUGGUGGUACUAUGGGGCGUCUGUUGGAUGUUCAUCAUCGGUCCCGGUAGUCUUGAGCUUGAGAAGCUCAACGCACCGGUCCCGACGUUAUCCCCAUUAGCAUCUUACCAUGACUUGUACGACGGCUCAGACGCCAACUACGAAGCCGCUCUCCAAGGCUUUCUGAUGCAAGACCUUUGCGAUACAGUGCACCCACCCGCCAUCAACGACCCUGUAUACUAUGACAUUAGGAAAAUGGAUAAUCAGUAUGGCCCGCUCUACUCGGCUCAGAUUGCACCCCAAGAUCCUGACUUUUUGGCUCUUAAUGCUCUACAAAGGGCCAAUGCAGAGGAUGUUGAAUGGUCUGGCAAAGAACCUGGUGACCUCACUGAUACGCGGCCAGCCGUUGUCAUCCCAGAUCCGGCGCUGCAAACCUACGGUGGCGCUGACUGCCCAAGAGCAUUCGAACCAGCUGCUAAUGUUGCAUUGGUUGGUCGCGGAAACAAAGAUGAUGGCCAGAACUUGAAGGCUCGCUGUGCAUGCCCGGAAUGUCAACAGACAUUUGCAACAUCCUUUACUCUGAGCCGACAUCAGACAGAAAGUCACAAGGAUGCAUCAUCCAGCCCUGAAGAGUCGUUUCCGUGUCCUAAUACUGGCUGCAAGAGGUCAGACGGGAGGUUACCGUUCAAACGUCUUUACAAUCUGAAAAGACAUCUUGAGGUUUGUAAACAUAGUCAAAACGUCUUAAGUUCUUCGGUACAGUUGGAAGGUACUAAGGAUCAGUCCUGUCUUCAGCCAUCCUCAAUACCAGCCUUAGCUCAUGAACAGCAGCCUACAGAACCACAAUCAGAGGAGGCCAUUGAGGAGAGUAGUGGCAGGAAGAGGCCCAGGCCCGAAAGCCAUAAUAACUCGAGUGAUGAGUCCUUACUGAGAAAGAUGAAAAAGAAGCGUAAGCGAAUGGCUCAAGAGGUCAAAGAGAAGGAAGAUGCAUAUCUGCAGGCUAGGGAGGGGCUAGAUUCCUUUGACAAGAGCAUCCAAGUCCUGGAGGAUUCGCUCCGAAAGCCCUAG